CGGCAAGAUCGGGGGGAUUGGGGAGGGCAAGACGCAACUCCAGGGCGUGGGAAGAUGUAGUAGUGAGCUUGGCCAAAGACAUGAUGUAGAACAGGCAGUUACGGCAGCGGCAGGUCGAACAGGGCGUCGGUGGCCUCGUCAAUGAUGAUGUGGAUGGCUCCAGCCUGCUCCCUUGGCCAGCUCCAGCUGCAUGGGCUCCACGCCAAUGUCCAAUCCAACCAAAGGAUUCAGCGGCGCCUCCAGAAAGGACACAAGAGCGGCUGAUUUGUGCACCGCUGGAUGCAGCAGGGCUUCUUCCAGCACAACUCGUGGGAUGUGAGGGCCGUGAGGUUGUCUGUGAGGAUGGCGCCCCCGAUCCCUAGCCAUGGCAGCAGCGCAAAUGCGAGGGGCUGGGUGGGAUGAGAGGGGUUCGGCUGGUGGGAGGGCGACGGGCUGGUGGGCGGGCCACAAGAGGCGGUGGGUUUGGAUGGGCGUGUGUAUAAAAUGCCCUCAAGCAAGCCUCAGAGAGGCCGCGAGGGCUGUGGGAAUGCCCGCAAACUGUGCACGGAGGCACACUGCAGGCGGUGAAUGCCCUCGCAACCCCUCACUCCCGAAGGAGAGAGGGGCGCGAGGGCCACACGCGUCUUGGUUCAGUUGCAAGGAGGGGGGAACCAGUCGCCUGCAGGUCACCACAGAGACAGACAGCCACGACCUUAUCUCGAUGUGUGUCUCCUCUUGAUCGUGCGAUCGUGGACGUUCGUACGUUUGGCUUUGCAGCAGCAGGGGAACAUGCGCCGCGCUGCCUCCCGCGCCAGGCCCCGGCAGAAGCGGAGUGCAUCCGCCACCCCAUCCUUGUAAAUCUCCCACCGCUCCUGGCAAUCGGGACCCUCCAGGGUCACCCGAUAGCCAGGUCCAUGUCGCCGCCACCACUCGCCCUGCCCCGUCUUGGUGUUUGUGUACCACCCCUGAAGGGAAGAACACACACAAUUGAUUGACACAGAGAUUGCACUUGUAUGUAUGGGCAGUGAGUGCACCUGCUCCGUCACACCCAGCCUCGCCGCUUCCUCCACGAAGUACCACUUGGGGUACUCGGGCGCACCGGGCCCAAACAGCGGGCGCUGCAGGCAGGCAGAUAGGCAGGCGGACAGAGAAACACACUUGUUUCUUACAAUGGAUGUGUCCUGUUGUGGUGCUUUCGUACAUCGAAGAACUUGUCGAAGAAGUCUUGCUCUGGGGGAGCUUUAGACGAGGCGGUGGAGUCCGGGCCCUGAAUCCCCAAAGGACACGGAGGAGGACGAGAGUGAGGAUCUGACCUCGGUGUCCCUGGAUUUCUGCUCACCUCGUAGCCCAUAGCCCCGUAGAGAUAAUUGUUGUCGUACAUCCACCGCCUGCCCUCGUUCCCCACCACGCGAUACGCCUCGUUGAUGGCCUGUGACUCCUUGGUAGAGGUGGCGGCGUGGGCGGGCUGGCCGUGCUGCUGCUGCUUGUCAGCGUGGCACCUCUACACACACACGGGGAGAGAGAGAGAGACGUCAACUCGUGGAGAGCUGCCUGCAAGUACUAGAGACGCUGCACUGACUGUCACAGUGACUGACCUGCAGGAGUGCGUCUCGUGCCUUCUUGAUGUCCGCCUGCGUGGCGGUCGGGGCGACCUCGAGGGUCGCAUAGUACCCUUUGGGGUCGCCCAUGCUGCUGCUUGUGGG